UUCGGGCCGCGCUGCCCGGCGGGGCGGUGCCGGGGCGGCGCCGGAAGGCGGGUUUGGUUCCGGGCCGCGCGGCGCCACGGACUCGCUGUGGCGGCUGAAGCGGUUCGAUGCCUUCCCCAAGACAAGACCCUGGAGGACUUUCGGGUCAAGACGUGCGGGGGCGCGCUGGGUUCAUCCGGAACUGCGCGUUGACAAAUCAAGGGGAGCUAAACCGAAGAUCAGUCUCGAUGUUAUUCUUCCGCACGUGCCUUGUGCUUAGUUGAGCAUCGAUGCCAGGAACGUAGCAGGAGAGCAGCAGCUGGAUGUAGAGCACAAUCUGUUUGAACAACGUUUGGAUAAAGCUGGCAAUCGUGUGACCCCGGAGGCCGAGAGCCACGAUCAAUAUGACGCACUAUAUCGAGCAUCUCUCGUUUGGGAGGGAUUAUCCAGGCAUUGUGAACCCUCUGGACGGGACGGAUGUCGCUGCGCAGCAAGCUUCCACGAUGUUUCAGCGUUUUGUCAAAGCGGUCCCCAGGGUGUAUAUGAAAGUAGAUGGUGAAGUGGUAGGGACUAAGCCGUUUUCAGUUACACGACAUGAGAAGAUAGCCAACGGGCUACUGGGAGACCAGGGUCUGCCUGGUGUAUUUGUGCUAUAUGAACUUUUGCCCAUGGUGGUGAAGCUGACAGAGAAACACAGGCAUUUUGCCCUGAACACCUGCGAAGAUUCACCUCCUCAGGGAGACCAGGGCGUACCAGAGCCAUAAAAGCACGUGGAAGAGGAGUCUGGCGACUGCUGCUACUGCCAGUACCGCCGUCAAGGGAUGCAGUAGGGUUCAGGAGCUGGGAUGUACAUUCUUACACUGAUAAAACAAGCGUCCACACUGUGCUUAGGUCUCCGACUCGGUCCGAUACUGGGAUCGUGAUUAGCACGGCAUAGCAAUAGGAGACUAACGGUUGCCUGAAGGCUGUAAGCUCUGGCGCUGCCUCAGAUCCCCGGAGGCGAGGCAAGAGGAGUAACAGUACCUCCACUCGCCGAAGCAGCGGGUUUGCUAGAUGUUUGACUACACCAAGGGGUGGAGUGUGACUGUUCACUCAACUCCUGCUCAGAUUUUGGCUAGCCCAGCUCACGCUAAGGCCUGAUGUAUGCUGGGAGCAGCGCCUUUGGGUUGAAGGGAGAGCACCAGGUAGGCAGCACAGGUGGCCAGAAAGAGCUAAAGGGCCAUGAUGCAGCCAUUAGCACCUGCAGCUGGCUGUCUCCUGCAGCCAGCAUCUUUGCCUGGCAGUAUUGUCAGAAUCUGCUGACUUUUGGAAAUGGUAUAGACCAGACUUCCAAGCUGGAAGGUAUAAAACAUCAGCUUAGCCAAAAAGCCUUUGAAGGAGAUUCAACAGCAGCUGGACUGCUGAGGCUUUUGUGCUUCACAGUGUGAUACAGGGGACGCCCGCACGGUGACGCAGGAGGAAGGAUGAGCACUCCCACUAGGGAAAAACAAAGUCUUUUUUUGGUGGGUUUUUUGU